AUGUGUGCUGAGGACACCAGGCGCACGACGCUAAACUCAACUGGCUCCAAGAAGAAGAGGAAAAGCAAGAAGAACCGCAAUACCAACUGUCAGAACGAGGCCGUGGCUUACAUUUUGAGGGAGUCCUCGGAUGGUCGGAUAAAGAAGCGCUCCCGCUUCAGCAUCUGCUCAGAGAAGGUCGCGUAUUACUUGGAUCACAUUGCCGGGGCGCUGGUCCUUCUGAACUCCGUUCUGCUUAUGCUUCAGCUCGAGAUUGAGGGCCGCCAGCUCGCCUGGGAACUUGGAGUCCAUCCUACAAGACAGAAUUUCGAUUCCCUACUGCCUAUCUUCCAAGUGAUGGACAGCGUGUUUGUUUUCAUCUUUCUGGCAGAGCUUCUCAUUCGCAUCUUUUUGGAGAAGUGGAAGUUUGUAAAGGACAUUGCGAACUACCUCGACUUCAUCCUUGUGGCUGGUGGAUUGGUGGAUUUGUCUCUGACCAUGGCUCCAUCAGCCGCACCAGGAGAUCAAGACAUGGUUACGCUCCGCUUCGUGUCGGCGCUCAAAGCCUUCCGCGCCAUAAGAAUGGUGAGGAGUUUCAGAUUCUCGCCGGGCCUGCGCAUGCUCGUGAAGGCUUGCCAGUGCUGCUUGCCGUCGCUGUGCUGGUCGAUGCUUCUCUUGGCAGUCUUUAUGUGCAUGGGGGCUUUGAUUUUGGGCAAUCUGCUUCAAGACUUUAUCAGAGACGAGUCCAAGAGCAUGGACGACCGACUUUGGGUCUGGAAUCGCUAUGGUACCACUUACCGGGCGCUAUACACACUUUAUGAGAUUACAUUUGCAGGGAACUGGCCUACGAACGUAAGGCCGAUCCUCGAACGAGUAAGCCAGUCGUUCGUGAUCUUCUACUUCCUGUACAUCACGAUCAUAGUGUUUGCUGUUAUUCGUGUAAUUUCGGCGAUCUUUCUCAAGGACACGCUUGACGAG